CCCCCUCGCUCCCUUCCCUUUCCUGAAAAGGGUGCAGAGGAGACGUUCGGCUUGGCCCUUGCUUUUUUUUGGGGGGGCGGCCCCUGUUUUUCAGGGCAACCCCUUCCCGUUGGCCUCAAGUUAGGGGGGAGGGGAGGCCUUACUACAUGGGUGUCUGGCUGUGCCUUCCCCAGCUGCCUUGGCAAUCUCGGUGUGCGUUCCCCCCCCCCUCACACACACACAUGCUGCAGAUUGGUAAAAAUCCAGAGCAAGGCCAGCUUUGGAAGGGGGGGGGUGCGUGGGGGGAGAUUUUGGUGUGGAGGAGAGGCCCAGCAGCUGACUUGGCCCAGGGAAAAUGUGUGUGUGUGUGUUUUUGGAUCCAGCACAAGCUUGGUGCAAUGGGUGGCAUUGCUUGCAAAACCAGCAACUUUUCCAAGGGAUCUUGCAGAUGGAAGAAAGAGUCCGGUGUUGAUCUGAAGUCGGCCGGGGGUGGGGAUCCUACUCUGAAGUCGGGGGGUCAUGGCAGCUCCAGGGUACCAUGUUCCACAGCCAGGAUACCCGGCGGCUUCUCCGCCUUAUCCCGUCGUGCCGCCAGCGCACACCGGGCCCUCCGCCCCCACCCCUGGGUUCAACGUCUACCCCGGCGCCAGCCCCGGACCCGGCUACGUGGCUGCCCCCCAGCCGCCACCCAGAGGAUACCGGGACCACUCUGCUUCCCCACAACACCCCCAGUCCGCCGAUCCCCACGCGGCCAUCACCCCUUACCUGCCUGUUUCGGCUAGCAUCCCACCUGGCUUGGAGUACCUGACCCAGGUGGACCAAAUUUUGAUCCAUCAGAAGGUGGAACUUGUAGAAGCUUUCAUCGGCUUCGAAGGCAACAACAAGUACGAGGUGCGAAACAGUCUCGGCCAGCACAUCUUCCACGCGGAGGAGCAGAACGACUGUUGCACCCGGAACUGCUGCGGCUCGCUACGCCGCUUCUCCAUGAGGCUGGACGAUCCCAGCGGCCGCGAAGUCAUCCGAUUGGUCCGUCCACUGAAAUGCGUCAGCUGCCUUUUCCCCUGCUGCCUUCAAGAGAUGGAAGUCCAGUGCCCGCCGGGGGCCACCAUUGGUUACGUGGUACAAACCUGGCACCCCUUCAUGCCCAGGUUCUCCAUCCAGAAUGUGGAGAAGGAGACGGUGCUGCGGGUUCUGGGGCCCUGCUUUGCCUGCAGUUGCGGCGGGGACGUCAGCUUUGAGGUGAAGACCCGGGACGAGUCCCGCGGGGUGGGCCGGAUCAGUAAGCAGUGGAGCGGUCUCCUGAAGGAAGUCUUCACGGAUACUGACAACUUUGGGAUCCAGUUCCCCAUCGAUCUGGACGUGAAGGUCAAGGCGAUCCUGCUGGGCGCCUGCUUCCUCAUUGAUUUUAUGUUUUUCGAGAAGACGGGAGAAGUUGGCCAGAGGACCUCUGUGCUGUCCAGCUGAAAUCAUCUCAAAUUAGGGACAAUUUUCCUGGUUCUGACCUGAUGGAGAGAGAGAGAGAGAGAAAGAGAGUGUCUAUAUGUGUUUUUGUGUGUGUAGAGGAUGUGUGUUUAGGUGUGUUUGGGUCUGACAGCGAUGGUUGCUCAGAAUUGUCUUCUCUUCCUCGUCUGUCUCCAGUUGUUGCGCAGUUGCGCUUAACAGUUUUAACAGGUUACCACAGUUGGAAGGGACCUUGUAGGUCAUCUAGUCCAACCCCCCCUCCCCCGCCCAAGCAGACCCAACCCCAUUUUUGACAGAUGGCAGACUGCCCAGUUGGAAGGUUUCCAAGUGUCCAAGAAUUGGGUCUCUAUCCUAGUAGCUUCGGUUCCCAAAAACCUUUUUGUUGGCUUGUACUUCUGCACAAACCUUGUUAGACUCUUAUCCUGCACACUCUUAUCUGUCGUCUUCAGGCUAGGGAUUAUGGGACUUGAAGUCCAGCUCUCUCAAGGAGAGAAGAAGUUGGGGAAGGUGUUGGUUUAGAUGUUCUGCUGUUACGCGUUUAAAGUUGUGAUCUCCAGGGACGUUUUUGGCACAGGAGAUCGUUGUGGGUACUCAAAUGAGUUGGGGUGCUUGCUCAGGUUUUUGGGGCGCGGGGACCAAGGCUGUUUUAGGGUCUGGUCAAAAAAAAUUCAGAACGGUAGAUUAUUGUGUGACCAAAACGGUUGCACAUAAAACAGGAGAGUUUCACCCUCUAAUCCUGGAGAAUUCUCUUUCUCAAUUUCAGCGAGUUUAAGAUGUAUGGACUUCAAUUCCCAGAAUUGCUAAAAUAGAAUUAUGGACUCAGUAGUAGAUUAGGGGUACGCUUGCAGAAAUAGUUUAUCUGAAGCUGGCUUUCUAGGGAUAGUUUCCUUUAUCAAGGAUAACAUAGCCAGCUGGGGAAUUCUGGGAGUUGAAGUCCACGCAUCUUAAAGGUGCCAAGUCUGAAAACUACUGCCUUAGAGUGAGGUUUAUUCCUUGGGUGUGGAGUUAGUAAUUCCCGGGGAUGGGUGCUUCCGUGCCCCACAGAUUCUCCAGACCUCCAAGCAAAGAGGCUGGGAGGGAACAGUAAAAAAAUCCCCUAUCAGAGAGAGAUGCCAGGUGGAUAAUUCAUAAAAGGACACGGCAGAAUAAAUAUAAUUAUAUAUUGGCAGCCGUGCCAUCGUCCUUCCCAUAAAAUUCCCUGAAAAAAUUAGGACGGGAAAAAAAAAUACAAUGUCUGCUUGUUAAAAAAGAAAAACAAAACAAGCCAACUUCAGUUUAACAAAGGCCUAAUUGUUGGACCCAAAUCAUAUGAUGGCGAGACAAGGCGCCGAGCGAAUGGGUGCCUCUAAGUUUGGAAACCAACACAUCUGGAGACAUCUGUCUGUCUCAAUUGCUGAUUCACAAUUCUUUUUUUUUCUUUUUUUUAAAUUGCUGGCACGGGACGUGGUUGGACUUGUUUUCAGUAACCUGGAGCCCUCGGGCGAUAGGCUGGGCUGCCCUGGGAGGGAUGGGCGUUAUAGUCUUAUGCCAAUCACGAAGGGAGCGAAUGGGAUGGUGCUUUGGGCGCGUGAGACUGUCUGGAUGAUGGACGGCGGGUGUUUGCAGGUGUCGGCGCGGCGCAGAACUGUUGGCACGAAGGACAAAACAUUAUGGAUACGUUGAGCGAAAUGUUCGGGGCUUUUCCUCUUCCCAGCGUAAAUUUGUGGAUGAUUUUGCUCUGCGAACCGGGAUUUUAAUUCCUGUUUCAAUGUCUUGGCCGGGCGUGGAUGUUUGCAAUGGGUCGCCACGUUGCCUUAACCGCUAAACCAGCAAGACCUCCUCACCUUUUGAGGGCUGUUAGGGUCUCCCCAUAAUCAGCUCAGGGUUGGGGGUCAUGGCGAGGCAAACCCACCCCUUUCCCGCCGCCCCCCCUGCCCCGAAUUUCAAUGUCUUGCAUAAUAUUUGGUGUCUUUUUAUGUACUGUAUUUAAUUACCAAAUAUUUGGGGUGGCGUGGGGUGAAUUUGUACCCCACAACUCUCGUAGGUCAACCGCGGAGAAGCCAGGGAAAAAAGGAAAGAUGGACUCUUGAAGUUGAUGCUUGCUUGGAUAAAUUUGGAGUUUCUGAGUUCGGGGUUCCUCCGAUUCAGGCCGUCUUCUCCGACCUCUGGCACGGGUGAUGGGAUUUGUAGUUCCACCCCAUGUUGGAGAAAGGCUUGGACCUCAUUUUGGAAGGUCCAGCGGGCGGAAGGAUGCAAUUUUGGGUCUGGCGAACGACGGAGCUUUUGAGUUUCCAGGCUGAACCAAAAAUGAAUAAAUAUGUAGCAUUUGCUAUUUUUUCCCCCCUCUUCGAUGGAUGAACUGUUGAUUUUAUUGGACUGAUAACAGCGUGAAAGUGGGUGUCAAAUCUUAAAAAGCAACCAAAGCGAACAGAAAACCAAAGUAACCCUCAACUUACAACAGUUCCCUUAGUGACCAAAGUUACGGCAUUGAAAAAAAAUGACUUAGGAUCGCGCUUCACCCUUACGACCGUUGCCACAUUCCUGUGGUCCCAUCAUCAAAAUUCAGUCUUGGAAACUGAUUGUCAAGGUUUUUCACACUUAUGACCGUUGCCACAUCCCUGUGGUCACGUGAUCAAAAUUCAGAUGCUUGGCAAUUGACUCAUAUUUAUGACGGCUGCAGUGUCCCAGAGUCAGGUUUUUGUUUUUUUUUGAGACGUUCUGAUGAGGAAAGUCAAGAUGGAAGCCGGAUGGACUUAACAACCGUGUCGCUAGCUGAACUUCUGCAGUGAUUCGCUUAACAACUGUGGAAAGAAAGGCUGUAAAAUGGAGCGAAACACCAUUUCGCAAGUGUUUCGUUUAACGACCGGAAUUUUGGGCUCAAUUACGGUCGUACGUCAAGCGUUAUCUGGACUGGACUUACAAUCCUUACUAACGGAGAAGAAAGGAUGGGGUUGAAGUGGCCGGGAUUUUGGACGAAGAGUGAGACCACGUUCUAUUGAACAGAUUAACGGAGUUGGAAGGGAGGGACCUUGGAGGUCAUCUAGUCCAGCCCCCUCCCUCCUCCCAAGCAGGAGACCCUACACCGUUUCUAACCGACUCUUCUUGAAAGCUUCCAGGGAUGAAGCUCCCGCAACUUCUGAAGGCGAGCUCUGAUCUUGGAAUUCAAUAUAAGGCAAAACAAGAAAACAAUGGAAUAUAAUCGCCUCUUCAGGCUUUAAAAGAGUCUUAAAUUUCAAGCAAGCUUAAGAACUUGGGGAAGGAUUUCCGGCGGGUGAAAAUUUUUUAACGGGGACAACCGGAGAAGCCUGAGAAACUCUGAAAACCAUAAUAAACUAUCUUAAUGUCA